AUGCUUCUGGAUUGGCUCUAUUUGUUCAACCUCCGCGUGCGACCAAGCAUGGCAGGCACGAGGGCUGCCGAAGUCGGUUCCUACCUCAUGGAUCCGAACCGACAACUGUCGCAGCUGCCACUUUUGAAUACAGUAAUGAAACUUCCCUGUGCCAGCCUCUUGCAACUCUUCGGCCCCGUUCUCGUUGACUCCUUUCGUGUCGCGGGAGUAUCUCUAAGCUUCCCAUCAAGCAUACGUUACGCCUCCCUAACCACGAUGGCUCCCGUUUUCUUGAAGCGCGCCAAACAGACUGGUCCUCCUCGUGAGGCAGCGACGUACAAAUUGAGCGCGCAGCUCACGCAAAUCUUCCCCCCGCGCCCAGCCUUCACCGAGAAGGACAUCCCCUUUCAAAAAGGCAAGGUGUAUCUCAUCACCGGCGGCACCUCUGGCAUCGGCCUCGAGCUCGCUAAAAUUCUCUACGCUAGAGGCGCAGCCGUUUACAUCACGGGCCGCACGGAGGAAAAGGCGAAGAAAGCUGUGGAAGACAUCCAGAAGACCGUCCCUGAACGUGAAGGCCGAAUCGACUAUAUCCUCCUCAACCUCGACGAUUUAUCCACCAUCAAAGCGUCCGUUGAAGCAUUCAAAGAGAAAGAAUCCAAACUCGAUGUUCUCUGGAACAACGCCGGCAUUGCCCAGCCGCCAGCUGGUAGUCUUACAAAGCAAGGGUUCGAACUUCAGCUAGCAACGAAUUGUCUUGGUCCUUUCUUGUUGACGCAUAUGAUGCUCCCUCUACUCGAGGCGGCUGUGGAAGAGAACGGGCCCGCCUUUGCCGGUACCGUGAGAGUUGUCUGGCUUAGCAGCCAGGUUGCUGAACUCUCCUCACCUCCAGAAGGCAUCGUUAUGACAGAGCUGAGCAACGCCCCUCAGGAUAACGUUCGCAAUUACCUCAACUCCAAAGUUGGUUGCUGGUUUUUGUCGGCGGAGUUUGCGCGUCGGUACGGUGACGAACGCAGAAUUGUUAGCGUUGCUAUGAACCCUGGCAAUGCGAACACGAAUCUCUUGAAAGACGCCAGAUGGACGAAGAUUUUCACAUACCCGCUACAGCAUAGUCCUAAGUUGGCUGCCCUCACCGAAUUAUAUGCCGGCCUGUCUUCUGAUGUCAACCUUGACAACAACGGUUGCUACGUGAUGCCAUGGGGCCGCAUUCAUACCACUGUCGCACCGCAUCUGUUGAACGCGAUGAGGCUCAAGGAGAUUGGUGGGACUGGUAGAGCAAAAGCGUUCUAUGAGUUUUGCGAGGACAAAACCAAAGAUUAUUAUUAG